AUGAAAUUACCUCCAGCCGAAGCCCCUUCCUUGGAGGCGAAGCUGACGUGGACUGAUGACAGCAGCCGCCGGCUCCGCGUGGCCGCUCAGGCCGCGAAGGACGGGGGCUCGGAGCUGGCAGUGGGGGACUUGGAGGCGGAGGCGGAAGUCAUUGAAGCGCAGAUUAAGGCUCUGCGGCAGGAGAACGCGAAGCUGCGCGAGCAGAUGAUUUUCACGCAGGAGGGGCCCAAAGUGGUGCCGCCGCCGGGCGAGGGCAAGAAGAUCUUUGAGACCGACGAGUACCUCAACGCACACCGCAUCCACCUCGAGUACCGCUUCGGCCAGUACAAGAAGCUGCGGUGGGAGAUCGACCAGCACGAGGGUGGACUGGAGAAGUUCUCCCGCGGUUACGAGAAGUUCGGCUUCAACCGAGUGCACAACGGCAUCGUGUACCGCGAGUGGGCUCCCGGCGCUUAUUCGGCGUCGCUGAUCGGCGACUUCAACAACUGGAACCCCAACGCCGACAUCAUGAAGAAGGACGAGUUCGGCGUGUGGGAGCUCUUCCUGCCCGACAACCCCGAUGGCACCCCCGCCAUUCCCCACGGCUCCCGCGUCAAGAUUCACAUGGACACGCCGUCGGGGUGGAAGGACGCGAUUCCGGCGUGGAUCAAGUUCGCGGUGCAGGCGCCGGGCGAGAUCCCCUACAACGGCAUCUACUACGACCCGCCUCCGCAGGAGCGCCACGUGUGGAAGAAUGCGCGCCCCAAGCGACCCAGAGCGCUGCGCAUCUACGAGGCGCACGUGGGCAUGAGCAGCACUGAGCCGCGAGUGAGCACGUACGCGGAGUUCCGCGACAACGUGUUGCCGCGGGUGCGCGAUCUGGGGUACAACGCCAUCCAGCUCAUGGCCAUUCAGGAACACGCCUACUACGGCUCCUUCGGGUACCACGUGACCAACUUCUUUGCAGUGAGCAGCCGGUGCGGCACGCCCGACGAGCUCAAGAGCCUCAUUGACGCCGCGCACGGCAUGGGCAUCGUGGUUCUCAUGGACUGCGUGCACAGCCACGCGUCGAACAACGUGCUGGACGGGCUGAACAUGUUUGACGGCACGGACGGGCAGUACUUCCACUCGGGCGAGCGCGGGUACCACUGGAUGUGGGACUCGCGCCUCUUCAACUACGGCCACUGGGAGGUCGUGCGCUUCCUGCUCUCCAACCUGCGCUGGUGGCUCGAGGAGUACAAAUUCGACGGCUUCCGCUUCGACGGCGUCACCUCCAUGAUGUACACGCACCACGGCCUGCAGAUGGCGUUCACGGGCAACUACGAGGAGUACUUUGGGUUUGCGACGGACGUGGAGGCAAUGGCAUACCUGAUGACGGCCAACGACAUGAUGCACGGCCUCUACCCCGACUGCGUCACCAUCGCUGAGGACGUCAGCGGCAUGCCCACGCUCUGCCAGCCCGUUGCGUGGGGCGGCGUGGGCUUUGACUACCGCCUGCAGAUGGCCAUCGCUGACAAGUGGAUCGAACUGCUCUCCGAGCAGACGGACGAGCAGUGGCAGAUGGGGGACAUAGUGCACACGCUCACCAACCGGCGGUGGAUGGAGAAGUCCAUCGCGUACGCGGAGAGCCACGACCAGGCACUGGUGGGCGACAAGACCAUCGCGUUCUGGCUCAUGGACAAGGACAUGUACGACUUCAUGGCUCUCGAUGGCCCCUCCACUCCGCGUGUGGACCGCGGCAUUGCGCUGCACAAGAUGAUUCGCCUACUCACCAUGGCGCUGGGCGGUGAGGGCUACCUCAACUUCAUGGGCAACGAGUUCGGCCACCCCGAGUGGAUUGACUUCCCGCGGUGGGACUUCACGACCCCGGCAGGCAAGUUCAUCCCGGGCAACGGUGGCAGCUACCACCUGUGCCGCCGCCGCUUUGACCUGGCGGACGCCGCCUUCCUGCGCUACAAGGGGCUCAACGACUUCGACCAGGCCAUGCAGCAGCUCGAAGAGAACUACAAGUUCAUAUCAUCGGAGCACCAGUACGUGUCGCGCAAGGACGAGGGCGACAAGCUGAUCGUGUUUGAGCGCGGCGACUUGGUGUUUGUGUUCAACCUGCACUGGAGCAACUCCUACACUGACUACCGCAUCGGCUGCAACAAACCCGGCAAAUACAAGGUGGUGCUGGACUCAGAUGAGGGGCGCUUUGGAGGCUACAACCGCAUCGACCACAACGCUGCCUACUACUCCAAUGAGGGGUGGCAUGACGGGAGGCCGCACUCGUUCCAGGUGUAUGCGCCGUCGCGCACGGCGGUGGUGUACGGGCCGGCAGACUACGAGGACCCACUCAUCGAGUACUGCGAGGAGAACCCCGACACCGACGAGUGCCGCACCUACGACGAGUGA